CUAAGGCAACUAAAGAUCCCCUCGUUUUUUCUGAUCCUGUUGGAAAUAUUCUCGUCACCUCACGAUCCAACUAACCCAUCCAGCAACAAUGGCCGCUGAAACCGCUCGAUCUGGCCUGGCCGUCGGCCUCAACAAGGGUCACAAAACCACUCCCCGUGUCGUCAAGCCCCGUAUUUCCCGAACCAAGGGUCACCUGAGCAAGCGCACCGCUUUCGUCCGUGAGGUCGUCAAGGAGGUUGCUGGCCUUGCCCCCUACGAGCGCCGAGUCAUUGAGUUGCUCCGCAACUCCAAGGACAAGCGUGCCCGUAAGCUCGCCAAGAAGAGACUUGGUACCUUCGGCCGUGCCAAGGCCAAGGUCGACGAGCUCCAGCGCGUCAUCGCUGAGGCCCGCCGUACUGGUCACUAAAUCAACUCGGUUUGAUCUGAUUUUUGGGAAUCUGGCACCGAACGGGGUUCGCAUGGAUUGGCGUGGUCACGAUUUGAUCGAUUAAAAAAGAAUUAACGGCUUGGGCGCUCCGUGGCAGGGAUUUAGCUGCGGAUCACCGGAAUACCAACACUUUCAAGAGAUUUAUGGCGUAAUGAUCAAGCCAUGUUCCAAUCUGUCUUCCGUGAUGAGUGACGCCUCCCCUUCAUUUUUCGAACUCAUAUCCGUUGAAUGCAAUAUGUAUUCAUGUCUAAUGGAUUUCGCUGUUUUGCUCUAUGAAAAAGUCACCUUAAAACCAACGCCACCAAUGAUCGUUAAUGCGAACUCCGCAAUGUUUCUAAACUGCCACUAUUGUCUAUUUCUUGCCCAGCUUGAGCCACUUGGGUGUCUUCUUGCCAGUCUUCUCUCCUGAGCCCUCGCCCUUCUCUGUUUGUGCUG